GGUUGUCAAAACAAAUAGAAAACAGAAAAAUGCAAAACGGAUCGAAUUUUCAGGUCGGGUUUGUUUGUGCAAUCGUUUGAUUUAGUGCAUGGUAUUAAAUGAGUGAAUUUUGCAACUGAAAUUGUCUCUAAUUGAACGAAAAAUCGAUAAAAUGCCGGAAGAAACCAAGGUGGAAGGAGAAAUUGAAAAUGUUCGGGUAGUGGUUCGAGUCCGUCCAAUGGACAAAAGCGAAACUGAUUCCGGUUAUCAGAACGUAAUCAAAGUGGACAAAUCGAACCGUUCAAUUACUGUUCAAAAACCGAAUGUUAGUCUCAGUGAACCACCGAAGGUGUACUUUUUCGACAAUGUCUUCGGCGAGGAAUCCACACAGAUUGAUUUGUACGUCGAUACUGCUCGUCCGAUCGUCGACAAAGUGCUGGAAGGAUACAAUGGAACAAUUUUGGCGUACGGGCAAACCGGCACUGGGAAAACCUACACUAUGUCCGGUAAUCCGGACUCGCCGCAAACCAAAGGCAUCAUUCCGAACACGUUUGCUCACAUUUUCGGGCACAUCGCUCGCGCUAAGGAAAACCAAAAGUUUUUAGUGCGGGUGAGUUACAUGGAAAUCUAUAACGAGGAAGUACGCGAUUUGCUGGGUAAGGAAAUUCACAAAAGUCUGGAAGUAAAGGAACGAGCCGACAUCGGGAUCUUCGUGAAGGACCUUAGUGGCUAUGUGGUGCACAACGCAGAUGAUCUGGAUAAUAUCAUGAAGCUCGGCAACAAAAAUCGUGUCGUCGGAGCCACCAAAAUGAAUUCCGAAUCUUCACGUUCGCAUGCAAUAUUCUCCAUCACGGUUGAGUCCAGCGAAACGGAUGAAAAUGGGAAGCAAUUUGUGAAAAUGGGAAAGUUACAAUUGGUGGAUCUAGCCGGAUCGGAACGGCAGAGUAAAACUCAAUCCAGCGGAUUGAGACUGAAGGAAGCCACCAAAAUCAACUUAUCGCUGUCGGUGCUGGGAAAUGUGAUUAGCGCAUUAGUUGACGGCAAAAGCACCCACAUUCCAUACCGCAACUCAAAGCUCACUCGACUGCUGCAGGACUCGUUAGGUGGAAACAGCAAAACGGUGAUGUGUGCUAGCAUUAGUCCUGCUGAUUCCAAUUAUGUAGAAACCAUUUCAACUCUGCGUUACGCAUGCCGUGCUAAGAACAUUCAGAAUUUGGCUCACAUCAACGACGAACCAAAGGAUGCAUUGUUGCGUCACUUCCAGGAUGAAAUUAAAGAACUCAAGCGACAACUCGAAGAAGGAAUAUUUUUGAAUGGAAUUGGUACCGAUGAUGAAGAGGACGAGGAAAAUGACGAUGAAGAUGAGGAAGAAGAUGAAAUAGAACCUGAUGAAGUGAAGGAAAGAGAACGUAUGGAAAAGAAGGAAAAGAGACGCAACGAGAAGGCAAAGGAAAAGAAAGAAAAAGCUGAUGCUGAAAAGGAACUGCUGGAGAAGAAGGCAAUCGAGAACGAGCAGGAAAUCAGUCGGGCUAAAUCAGAACAAGAUCAACUACGCGCAAAGCUGUCAUCAUUGGAAAAUAAAAUUCUCGUCGGAGGAGAAAACCUACUCGAAAAAGCACAAACCCAGGAGGUGCUGUUGGAAAAGUCCAUAGCUGAACUUGAACAGCGAACUAAGACAGAACGGGAGCUUGAAGAAAACUUGCAGAAGAUAGAAGCCGAACGGAUUGAUAUCGAGGAACGUUACAGCUCGCUGCAGGAAGAAUGCGUUGGAAAAACUAAGAAACUGCAGCGAGUUAUGUCUAUGCUGAUGAGUAUCAAAUCAGAACUGGCAGAUCAACAACAGGAGCAACAACGUGAAAAGGAAGGAAUUUACGAAAGCAUUCGUAGUUUGUCGCGAGAAUUAGCUCUUUGCGAAUUGGUCAUUAACUCAUACAUUCCGAAAGAGUAUCAGAACAUGAUCGAGAAGUUCACUCACUGGAACGAAGAUAUAGGCGAGUGGCAACUCAAAUGUGUCGCAUAUACCGGCAACAAUAUGCGCAAAAACGUGGCCGAACCGAAAGUUAAUACUAAAGAAACGGAUUUGAUAGAUCUGUCGCAUGUGUAUUUAAGCUACAACACUGACUCCGUCGCGGAACCAGUACGUAUUAAGACGGCCAGGCCCCGUACUUCAGGUAUAGCUCGUCCAACCACAGCCCGGAAGUAUUACUAAUUUUAAGAAGAAAGCUAAAUUUCAGAAGCGCACAGCCUCAUCAUCAAAAUUAUUUAAGUAGUAAAUAGCGCACCCCGUGUUUUGCACAAUUGUUGCUAACUAGUAAUAUUGCGGGAUCCAGUCCAGUGUUCACGACACGAGCAAUUCGCUACUAGUCAAUAGUGAAAGUUUCACCAGUGUUAUUACUUUUUUAUUUACAAACAAAUAGCACAGUUUCUGUUAGUCCAACUCGGUAUGUUUUUGUGUUUGUAUUCGUUUUCUUUUGUUCACGUUAUUCACUAAACAUUGAAUAUGUUCUUCGAAAAACACACAAAUCCGUUGCUGUGGGUGUGACAAUAUUCCAUCUAGGUGUAUAUAGGUCUAGUUUUACGCAAAUGGAAACUGAAGAACAUAGGACUGUUAUGAGAUGAGCGGAAGUUUGUGAAAUGAUAAAUGUCAUUAAUUUCAGACCUAAUAUAUUUUUCGAGAUUUCGUAAAAAAAGCAUGUUUUCUAUUGUGUUAUUAUUAAUUAUAGGUUUUCGUCUCAGAAUUUUUUGAAAUUUUACGAUUGACAAGUCAAUUCCAGCUGAACGGCCCUCGUUUGAUUUAUUCGAACAUAUGAAAAAAUAUUAACCUUAUCGAUGUUUCCAUCAGGAAUGCUGGAAUAUAGUUAUCCAGUUUUCGCCUCAUUUGACGUAGAAAAGAGUUUAGCCCAAUGUAUUAGAAAUGCAAUACUUUAACCCACUGAGAUACUCACAUUGAUAUUUGUACUUUCUCUGUAAAAAAAAUAUAAAUUUGUUCGCUUAAA